UUUCCCCCAAGAAAUGGAGUUAUCUGUUUCUUGUUUUAGAGACCAGUUGAAGAACUCCAUCUCUCUGAAUGCAGUGAGCCGGAUGGCUGCUUUCUGCUCAGUUUCCCUGAGCUUGUACAAUCCGAGGUUCACAUUGGAAUCAUGAGAUUCAAUGUGUUGGCAAACUUUCAAACAGAGUAUUAACAAUUGAAUAAUAUACCCGUGUUUCCUGGAGAGUUUGAGGAAUUUUAUCAAUCUUUUUGACGAGUCUCUGUUGUGGGACAGAAACUCAAGCUAAGGUAUAGUUAUAAAGCCAAAUAAAAUGACCUGUUUGUGAAAGGAGUGCUUUGAUUUUCCAGCACCCUGUUACCUAAUGCGAAUUUUAGUGCAUCGAGCAGAUGGGUUGUAAAGAUUUGUUUUGUUGUUAGGAAAAGAAUACAAAUUAUGGCUAUUGUUGGUGUGCACAAUGUGUCAGUGCUUGACUCUUCUUUCCUUAGGGACUCCCAUUCUCAAUCAUCGAGUAGACGUGGAGGUGGAGGCAGGAGAAGCACCCAGUCAUCUUCACUUUUGCAACUAUGGCAAGAGAUUGAGGAUGAGCAUAUGGUGAGUCGUCAAGCUCAAGCAAGACCUGGGGAAUUAUUGCUUCAAGGAUCUCAUGGUAGGCAAGAGGAGUUAAACAAUUCUAGCUGUGAGAACUCUUCUGAUCUUGGAGAUCUUGAAAGGGAAAGAGUAAGGAAAAUUUUUAGAGAAUGGAUGAAGAGUGGCGCUAGAGAUGAAGCGUCCAGCAUUUCCAUCAGAAACAACAGUCCUAGGGACGAGUGGCUUGGCGAAACAGAGCAGGAGAGAGUGAGAAUCAUAAGGGAGUGGGUACAAAUGAGUAGCCAGCAGCAGAGCGGUAUUUCUUCUGGGGAAAAUAGAGAGGAGCAAUCUGCAGAAAUUGAACGUGUUCGUAAUGGAUUUGUUAGAAACAAAAAUGAAGGCCAGAGUGAGCAAACUCGCAGGGGGAUUCGAAAACUAUGUGGCAGACAGGUUUUGCUUGAUAUGCUAAACAAGGCUGAGAGAGAAAGGCAGAGAGAAGUUCAGGAGUUGUUAGACCAACGGGCAGUAUCUCAUUUUCCUCAUCGCAAUCGCAUUCAGGCAUUGCUAAGAGGCAGGUUUCUGAGAAAUGAUAGGGUUGCUGAUAAGAAAAGGACCGCUUCUGUGUCGGACAGUGAAUUAGGUUUAUUGAGGCAAAAGCAGACUGUAUCAGGUUUAAGGGAAGGAUUUUUCUCUAGAAAGAACAUUUCUGGUUGCAGUUUAGAAAGCAACAAUGUACCUGAUACCUCAUCAAGCAGUGAUAUGGAUGAUGCCAGCAGUUCACAACGCUCCCCAAAUGUACAGCCCAAACUAUCUGAGUUCAAUUAUCGGGGAACUGAUGGAACUCAGAUAUCAGGUAACGAGGUUUGUCUGCAGGACUCUCCAGCUCAUGUUGAAGCAGAAGAACCAAAGGAUUUGAAAAUUGAAUCAAGAGAUUUACAGUCAUCAAUCAAUGUUGCGAUCGAAAGAAUAGAUGACACUCCACAAAGUGUUCAUGUGGGGUCAACCGAAGACACGUCUAAGGAACUUUCCCAACCACGCUUGCCAGUUGAAGAUACAGAGCAUUGCUCUGCGCAGGUAUUCAGCGAGGACCAUAACGAACAGUCUGAUCAUGGAUAUUAUUCAGAGGGAAAUAUCAUUGAUGACGAUAACGUGAAUGAGCCAGUUGCUCUGGAAGGAGAGCUGCCCAUAGAUUUUGGAAAUGAUCGAAGUGAUAGUCUUCCACUUGAUGUUGAACAGAGAGACAACCCUGAGGGAAGUAUGGAUCUUGAUCAUCCAACUUCUCCAGCAAACGACAGGUCCCAACAUAUGUUGGACUACGAAGAUGGCGAAGACCCUCAUGUUCAAGAAGCAUCUGAAUUGCGGUCACAAGAUGAUGGCGCUCAAGAACCGAUUAUUGAAAAUUUUUCGGGAGGAUCUUCUGAUCAUGAAGGUGCUGCUACAGUUAGCGGAACUCACGUGAUUUAUUUUUCUGAUGAUGACAGUGCUUAUAGCGGAGAACUCAGUGAACUGUUAAAUAGGAGACGUGUUUCUAAUCUCCUUAGCGGCGGUUUUCGGGAGAAUCUGGAGCAAUUGGUACGAUCAUACGUUGAAAGGCAGAACCAUGCCCAAUUAGAGUGGGAGCUGCAAGAGGAAGGAGAAGGAGACGACCUGGAGCAGCAUGCUAUGGAUCAGACUGGGGGCCAAGAUGGUCCUUAUGACAGUUCAAUUUACUUGCCCUCAUCACCACUUCAAUCUUCUCGACCUCUUUGGGACCAACAGAAUGAAAUGAACAGUCAACACACUGGAAUUGAGUGGGAGAUUAUUAAUGGUUUGAGGAUUGACAUGGCUGUGCUGCAGCAGAGGAUGAAUGAAAUGCAGAGAAUGCUGGAGGCCUGCAUGGAUAUGCAGCUUGAGCUCCAACGCUCAUUGAAGCAAGAAGUUUCUGCAGCAUUGCUUAAUUGUUCAGAUGAUGGGUCAACGAGAUUGCAAGACCCUGAUUCCCAAGAUGAUAACUCUAAGUGGGAGUGUGUGAGGAAAGGAGUCUGCUGCAUAUGUUGUAAAAGCAAUAUUGAUUCUUUACUGUACAGAUGUGGGCACAUGUGUAUGUGUUCAAAGUGUGCGAAUGAAUUGUUGGAGAGCAAGAAAAAGUGCCCAAUGUGCGAAGCACCUGUGGUGGAGGUCAUACAUGCUUAUUCCAUACUUUAAUGUCGACAUGAUAAAGUCACACUUACAACUGAUAAGUCUAGGACUCUAACAAGUUCCAUUUUCUCUGGAUCUUUCUUUCUUUGAUUCCUGUACCUAUGUAUGAUAGGCGCCGCCAUGGAACACCCAAUGGCAUAUUUUUGGGCCAUUGAUUCUAAUUCUAAUAAAUUAUCUGUUGUUCUGAA